AUGGCCUCAACUGCUGUGUUCCUUUGUGGUCAUCUUGGAGCUCUUUCAGUCAUUCUUAAUGUUUUUGUUAUAGUUGCAUUGUUAAGGCAUCGUCACCGCGUUCUUUCCAAUGUUUUCUACGUGAUCGUACUACACUGUGCUUUAUUAGAUGUAGUUCGAGGCAUUUGCUUAAUUGUUUAUGGAUUACCAUAUUUUGCAAAUUCCAUGUACAAGCUUAAUCUAUCUAUUAGCGCAAGAAUUGCUCUAUUUCGGGGUUCGACAUUCGCAUUGGUGUGCCUUCGCAUAUGCAAUCUUCUAACUAUAUUCAAUCUCUUGGUUUUUACUACGAACGAAUUCAUAGUUAUUCGCUACCCGCUUCAUUAUAGGCGUUAUUUCCGACGAAAAGCUGUUCUCGGGAUUCUUGGAUGUUGUUGGCUAAUUAGCAUUAUAAUUGGUCUCGGACUUCUGAUUCCAUCUGCCAAUGCGGCUCCAUCUUUCCGCCAGCCGGAUGAAGAUGAUGGAAUUCAAAUCGAUUUGGCAACAUUGAGUAUGCUCAUGAUAUCGGUUCUCUGUUUUUUAGUUUUGGCUAUCGUUAUUGUGUGCUACAUUUGCAUUCUCUGCACGAUUCGCAAAUUCAAAGACGAGGGGUGGAAGGGGGUUCAAGCAAUGUCGAGACACAAGUACAUUUACGUAAUCGGAAGUGUUUUGAUUGUGGAUUUGCUCUUCUUAUGCCCAUAUUCAGGAAUUCAAAUGGUUGCCUUUUUGCACAUUAACAAUCUGAUUGAAAUCACACGUGGCUCCACUCUGAUUCGUUGGUGGCUUCAAGUUCUUAUUGGAGUUCAUUCCGUAUGCCAGCCUCUUUGCUAUUUCCGAAUGACAGAAUUCCGGCGUCUUGCAUGCUGCAAUCCACGUCGUCCAUGGAAUCGCACUAAGAGCUUUUCCCAAAUUAACAAAUCCUUCGCAAACACUCGAUCUCAAAUGAAGGAUGAAGAGAAUGGAGCUGGAGCAAUUGAAGCUCAAAACGAGCCGCUGCUUCUCAAAGAAGGUGAGUUGACGCCAGUGGUACGCAGCGAGAAAACUUCUCCUACUCAUGCAUGGACUCGUGGCGAAUCUGUUCGCUUCAGGACCUAUGGAAAUGAUUUCGCGCAGCAUUCUACUAAACGUGUUACCGAAGAAGUUGAGCUCCAAACAAUCAGUAACGGCAACAGCCUGCGUGUUGUUGUUCCAACCGAAAAAUCAAUGGAUACUCCACUUUUGUGUUAA